AUGUUGUGCCGAAGCCACAGAUUCGUGGAGCUGCAGGAGAUCCCCGCUGUUGCUGUGAGCCAUUUGACAGCCUUCUCCAUGAAUGGCAUUCAGCACCUGGCAGUGGCCAAUCAAUUCGAUGGCCGUUCCUACAACAUUGAGUCCAAAAUCUACGAAUGGAACGAUGCCAGUAGCACCUUUUUGGAGAUGCAGAGCAUCCCCACCAAAGGUGCAAUCGAUUGGGAAGCCUUCUCGAUGGAGGGCACUCAGCACCUUGCCGUGGCCAAUCACUUCGAUGGCAGUUCCUACAACGUUGACUCCAAGGUCUACAGGUGGGACGAUGCCAGCAGAAUCUUCUUGGAGAUACAGAGCAUUCCCACCGCAGGCGCUUACGAUUGGGCAGCUUUCUCUAUGGAUGGCAUUCAGCACCUGGUGGUAGCCAACUCUGGGAAUGGCAGCUCUCGCCAUGUUGACUCUAAGGUUUACAAGUGGGACGAUGCCAGCAGCACCUUCUUGGAGAUGCAGAGCAUCCCCACCAAAGGCGCUCAUGAUUGGGCAGCCUUCUCCAUUGAUGGCAUUCAGCACCUUGCAGUCGCCAAUUUGGGCGAUGACAGUUCCCACAACAUUGACUCCAAGAUCUACAAAUGGAACGAUGCCAGUAGCGCCUUUUUGGAGAUGCAGAGCAUCCCCACCAAAGGCGCAGUCUGUUGGGAAGCCUUCUCGAUAAAUGGCACUCAGCACCUUGCAGUGGCCAACCUCCACGAUGACAGCUCUUACAAAGUUGACUCUAAGGUCUACCAAUGGCACCAUGUGGCGUACACUUUUUUGGAGACGCAGAGCAUCCCCACAGAAGGCGCGUUCGAUUUCACAGCCUUCUCUAUGGAGGGCACUCAGCACCUUGCCGUGGCCAAUCACUUCGAUGACAGCUCUCACAAUGUUGACUCUAAGGUUUACAAGUGGGACGAUGCCAGCAGCACCUUUUUGGAGAUACAGAGCAUUCCCACCAACGCCGCUCGCAAUUGGGCAGCCUUCUCCAUGGAUGGCAUCGAGCACCUCGCAGUGAACUCAGGGAAGGAUGUAAGAUCCUGGUCAUUGGCCGCCCUGGGCGGCUACCUGGUUGCUUUGUCGGUGCCCAUCUUCAUGGCCAAGAUGUGCCAGCAAGCCGGUUCAUAUUCGGAAGUUCCGUUGAAGAAGGUCCAGACGCAGCGUCAGCAAGCCAAGCAGCUCAUGGAGCUGCUCGGACUUCCCGACACAUUUUCCGGGGCACGCCAGAUCAUAAAACAGUCGAAGUACGUCCUGGCAGUGAAAAUGCUUCUGGAGUCCGGGAUGCUCUAUGCGAUGGAAGCGCAUCAGCGCGCAAUUCUGGUCGGCUUUUCAGCACAGUGUGGAGCAGGCACUUUGAUGCCCUUGAAGAGCUCGGAGUGUCCGUCCAUGGCCGAGACAGCAGAGCUUCCAGCUUGUCAUGCCUUGCUGGCCGCGAACGCCCUGUGCGAAGCAGAUGCAGCGGACGACGACGGCGGCUGCGUCGUGCCGAAGGAGUUGGACAACUGUGCCGAUUUCGAUGUGUACAAGAUAGUGCCGCUGGCCUGUGGAGCGAUCGGAUGCCAAGCCCUAAGCCACAUUCUCUGGAUAGCUGCUCUGGUGUCGUUCGGUGCAACCAUUGCAUGGAACGCCGGCUUCUACGCUAGUAGCCUUCGAAAACUACAGCCAGACAAGUGGCAGCGGCUGUGGAUCAGUUUCACAGCGCUGUUUGCCUUCCUCGCCUCCUUGCUGGUGACCACCACCUUCGUUGGAUUUGCUGGUGGCAGUGCGGCAGUCUUGGCAAUGGCCUUGCUGUGCCCUCUGCUGCCGGUGUGUGCCUGGGUGAUGGCCGCAUGGCUCGCUUCCUUGAAGGCGAAAGUGAAAGGCAGCAAG